AUGCGCGAGAUGCCCAUGCAAAUGAAGACCAACAAAGAAAAACCCACAAGAGAUAGUGGACAGAGGGACGGAGUGCUGACAAAGAGCUUCCCAGCACGUCGCGACACCCCUUACGACCGCGCCCGAGCCGAGCACCACGAAUACGCAGACCUCGAGGACGACCAGCGAGCUGCCUUCCCCAAGCACCAAGAGGACACCCUACCGGACAGCGGGGAUAGCUCACAUCGAUACACAGAGAGGCCCGAAUUGCUGGAGGGGUGGAGUGCGCCAGCACUCGGCCGGGACCAGAUGUCGUCCUUUACGGGCCAGCCCAGCAUCAAGGGCAGGAAUGAGUCCAUUCGCAUGAUGCUGCUAUGUGCCAUCCACUUUGGCAUCACAUUCACAUGGGGAGUCGAGAUGACGUACUGCACACCAUAUCUCCUCAACCUCGGAUUAACAAAGAGCCAAACAUCGGUGGUGUGGAUUGCAGGACCACUGAGCGGCAUCAUCACACAACCGAUCGUCGGUGUUCUGGCGGACUCAAAUAAGUCAAGAUGGGGACGGAGGAGGCCGUACAUCUUCAUCGGAACCAUCAUCGUCUCCGCAUCGCUCUUGCUACUGGGAUGGACAAGAGAGAUUGUCGCAUGGCUGCUUCCCAUGGAGAGCGACUUCAGAAGGAAGUUUACUAUCUUCGUGGCCGUGCUGGCUUUAUAUGUGACAGACUUCGCUAUCAAUGCAGUUAUGUCGUGCUCAAGGAGCCUCCUCGUGGACACUCUGCCCAUCGCCAAACAGCAGACCGGCGCUGCCUGGGGAGGAAGGAUGGGUUCGUUCGGGCACAUCGUAGGAUACGCAAUCGGCGCCAUCGACCUGCCCGGGACCUUCGGGCCACGCCUCGGCGACACCCAGUUCAAGCAGCUCACCCUGAUCGCCUCCAUGAGCAUGCUUUUCACAGCGGGCGUGACCUGCUGGGCCGUGACGGAGAGGGUGCUCGUCUCGGUGCGGCAGGACCCCAGCCGCUCAUCCGAGGGGCGCUUCAAGGUCAUCCGCCAGAUCUGGUCGACACUCAUCGAUCUCCCGCCGCGCAUCCAAAUCAUCUGCUGGGCUAUGUUCUGGGCAUGGAUAGGAUGGUUCCCUUUUCACUUCUACGGGAGCACUUGGGUGGGCGAGACCUACUUCCGCUACGAUGCUACCGCAAACGCCGCCGCCGAGGGCAGCACGCUCGCACCAUCUGAUGCGCUGGGUGACAUGGGCAGGAUCGGAAGCUACACCCUCACCAUCUAUUCCUUCAUGACCUUUGCCGGUGCCUGGCUCUUGCCGUUGGUCGUGCGCGCCCCUGAGGACGAGAAGUUCACCCACCGCCCGCCUGCGAGCAUCGCGAAUCUGGUGGAGGGGUUCAGCAAGCUGAAGCCAGACCUGCUCACAGUCUGGCAGUCGGGCCACCUGAUGUUCGCUUGUGCCAUGUUCCUCGCCCCGUUUGCCAAGAGUUUCCGAUUCGCCACCGCUCUUGUUGUCUUCUGUGGAAUCCCGUGGAGUAUCGUUUCGUGGGCCCCGACUGCAACGAUGGGAAUGGAAGUCAAUAAACUCAGCACCGCCGACAUGAAUACCUCUUAUCGCCGCCUCUCCAACGCCGACUCCGUCCAGCUUUCGACGAUCCACCUCGAGCAUGGUGCCCACGAAGACGGCACUGAUGGCAACAGUGGGAGCACAGGGGAGCUGUCUGGUAUCUACUUUGGAAUUCUGAACAUCUACCAGACAAUUCCGCAAUUCAUAGGAUCAUUCAUCAGCACCAUCGUCUUCAGCAUCCUCGAGCCGGGCAAGAGCCCGGAGCUCGCGACCGACGCCCACCCCAGCGAGCACCACUCCACCACCGGGCCCAACGCAAUCUCGGUGUGCCUGUUCAUCGGAGCAAUCGCCGCGUGCGCCGCCUUCGUGGCCACAAGGAAGCUGAAGUAUACGCCCUGA